AUGUCCGAACCAGGCCCAGAAUCCAUCCCCACAAGCGCAGAUCCGCGCAGCAAGCGGCCAACAAAACGGCGCGCCGUGACACCGCAUUCCGAGGUUGCCAAUGAGAUCCAGACACUCUUCAAAGACCCGAGUAAAGACUUGCACCUACCAGAUGCCUUGAAGCCUCGUACCGUGGCAUCCCUCUCGGCGCCACCAGAGAUUGUCACAAAUGUGCAGGGUUCUUCGGCUGGUGCGGGCUCCGGCGAAUUCCACGUGUACAAGGCUAGUCGGCGGCGAGAGUACGAACGGCUGCGAAUGAUGCAGUCCGAGGUGGAUGCCGAGAAGAAUAAUGAGGCUUGGGAGAAAGAGCGGGAGGAGAAGAAGCGCAAGGAUAACGAGAAGACAGAGAAGAACCGGAGGAGGAGGGAGAAGAAGAAGAAUGCGCGUGGGAAGAAGGGUGGUGAUCAGAUGGAUGCUGCUCCUGUGGAGAGCUCGGCUGCCCCAGGCUCGAUGGUCACUAUGGCAGAUCAGGAUGGAGGCGAUGUGAAUGGCCAGGUGGCCCAGCAGGAAGUUCCUGGUGUUAUUUUCCACGAUGAGGACUAG